AUGGUAGAAUUGAAAAGAAGCAAUCAAGCAUCUAUCAGUAUUAAAGAUGUGAAAGCAAUGGCAUCUUCGAUUCGAGGAAAACUUUGCCAUAAGUCUCCAACACCAUCUAAGUGCUCUAUAUUCAAAGUACCUGAUAGACUACGUAGGCAUAAUGAAAAGGCUUUCGAGCCUGAAAUAGUUUCAAUUGGUCCAUUUCACCAUGGGAAGGAGAAGCUACAAGAAAUGGAAAAAAUUAAGUUAUGGUAUUUGCAUUGUCUCCUCAAUCGAGCACCAACUAGGGAAACUGUUUUGGAGUGCUUUAUAGAAGCAAUCGGAAGUAUUGUGCAAGAAUGUCGAGGAUGUUAUGCAGGAGACAUUGCUUAUGUUGAAACAGAGUUUAUAGAAAUGAUGGUAGUUGAUGGUUGCUUUAUCAUUGAAUUCUUCCGCAAAGUUUCAAAGGAGGUGCAACGAGACGAGGAAGAUCCCGUAUUCAAUACAUCAUUGAUGACUUGGCAAAUAAUAAAGGACUUGUUGAUGCUUGAGAAUCAGCUUCCUUGGCGUGUGCUCGACUGCUUAUUCAACCUCACCAAAUUAAAUGUUCAACAUAGGUCCCUACCUAAUCUUAUUGUUUCGUCUAUUUUUGCAUAUGAAUGGUCUCCUCGCGAUAACCUCAAACAUAUUCUUGACUGCCUACGAUACUUCUUAAUUGAAACGUGUGAUAGAACUUGUGAGACUACAAGAAUGUCAUAUACUGAGCAGAUUCCGUCUGUGACAGAACUUGUGCAAGCUGGAGUUAAAUUCAAAGUUGGAGACAGAAAAAAUCAGCUCAAUGUAACUUUUAGAAAUGGAGUGAUGACAAUCCCACAGAAGUCUAUUUUUGCCGAAACAGAACCUUUUUACAGAAACCUCAUCGCAUUUGAACAGUGUGAUCCAAGUAGGGACUUUAAAAUCACCUCUUACGCUAAGUUCUGGGAUGACCUUAUUAAUACUGGUCAAGAUGUAGAUUUUCUCAAACACCAAAAAAUUCUAAAAGUCUAUUUGAGCACUGAGGAUGUAACAAGUAUUUUCAACAGGCUUUAUAGUGAUGCUGACGUCGGUUCUUUCCUUUAUUCAGACCUCUAUCGUGAAGUGAAUGCAUAUUUCAGGCGCCCUUGGAACAGAUGGCGAGCAACUUUGAAACAUGAUUAUUUUAAGAAUCCAUGGACGAGCUUGUCCGUCACAGCUACAAUUGUAAUUUUAGUUUUUACCUUUUUACCAACCAUUUAUUCUAUCCUCUCUUACUAUCGACGCACCACAUAG